UUGGUGCGAAGAAACUGAGGCAGUCAUGUGUGAAGAAAACAGGAGAGAAUCAUAUGGAUUUGAGAGCUCAUAUAUAUCCAUCCCCUUCCCCUUUAAACACCAUAUCAGAGCCUUGCAGAGAGCUUUUAGAUAGAAGAAGAUAGAUAUUAUAUAUAUAUAUAUAUACACAUACAUAUAUAUAUAUAUAUAUAGAGAGAGAGAGAGAGAAAGCGGUGAAAUUAAGAUUUUAAAAAAAGAAAGAGAGAUUGGAAUUUAUAACAAUGGUUUCUAGGGAGAACAAUAAGAGAGCAGCACUGCAUGAGAAGCUGCAACUUCUUCGUUCCAUUACUAACUCUCAUGCUCUGAACAAAACAUCAAUCAUAGUAGAUGCAACAAAGUACAUUGGAGAGCUAAAACAGAAGGUAGAAAGAUUGAAUCAAGAUAUAGCAGCUGCACAAACUUCAAGCCAUCAAAAUCAUCCAUUGCCUCUGGUUACAGUAGAAACCCUAGAGAAGGGUUUUCUAAUAAACGUAUAUCUAAACAGGAGUUGCCCUGGAUUGCUCGUCUCCAUUUUAGAAGCCUUUGAAGAACUGAGUCUUGAUGUUCAUGAAGCUAGGGUUUCUUGUACUGACUGUUUUAGAUUAGAAGCAGUUAGCGGAGAGAACGAAGAAGAAGGUGAAAGCAUCGAUGCUCAGGUGGUGAAACAAGCAGUGAUGCAGGCUAUCAAGAACUGGAGUGAGAGUACUAAUUAAACAAGAGUAAUCAAUUCUUGUGUUCUUUCUUUCUUUUUUUUUUUUUUGUUUUAUAAAUAUCCUUUGUCAUUUUAAUUUCAUUUUCUUGAUCUUGUUGUAGCUAAUUAAGUAGCUGUCUUUAGCUAGCUAGGUUGGCAAUGUGGUUAAUGUUGUUAAUUAAUUCAAGGAAAUCAAGUGUUCUGAAUUCAAGUUAUAAAAUUUGGGAAGCAAAAUCUCAAAAAUGAAAUGAAGUUACUAUGAAAUUCAA